AUAUAAAUACAUUACUUUCCGACGUAGAAUGUAAAUUUUGAUUUUGAAAGAUGUUUUCGUUGUGAUGAAUAAAUGAAUUGUAGCACCUAUGUAUUGCAGUAUCAGAAAGCAUUUCUAAUUUUAAUCUGUUGUGCGGUGAGAUAAAUAUUAUAUGAAAUACAAUGGCGUCUCACAGUGUUCACGGUCAUGGUGCAUAUAUGUGUACGGAAGACCCAAACUUUUCGAUAAUAUGUAUGUUUCUUGAAAAAUUUUCUGGUGCUUGUGGGAUUGAUACAUUGGGGAUUGAUGAGUUAAGCUCUAUGAUUCAGGAUACCAAUAAUGUUGCUCCCGUAUUGGAAGAAUUGCAUAUUAAAUUGCUACGCAAAAUAAGAAAAUGUGUUCCUGCUGGUAAAUGGGAAAAUGCUCUAAUCAAAUUUGCGUACACAUACUCGAAUCAAGAUGCCUGGGAAAUAGAACGAUUUGGAUAUAAAAACGCAAAUGUAGUUGUCAAACUCCGAAUUUUGAAGGUUUUGUUGGAAGCUCAGUUUGAUAGCAACGUUAAACUUAAAAGUUACAUUAAUAGAGUAAAUGCGGAAGAGCUACGAUCUAAACCACUUGGUCAUGAUAAGUUUGGCAACAGAUAUUGGUGCGUUAUGGACAAACAUUACAGCAUUAAAAUUUUCCAAGAGAAUUUAGACGAUGAAUCAUGGGCGAUUAUUGCUAGUGACCGAAACGAUGUAGUGCGACUGAUCGAGAACUUCAAAUUGAAUAGUCACGAGAACCCCGAUAUAAUAGUAGAUGAUACCAAAGACUCUUCACUCAUAUUGGAUAGGCGAGAAUACAAAAGAGAUCUGAGUGAUAAUCUAUUUGCAAUCUCAAAUGAAUGUGUUGAUACCAUUUCAAAUGAAUACAAUUUUGUCAAUCAAACAGAUAAAGGCAAUGUGGAACCAGUAUUGUGUAAAACCCAACAUUCAUUAGCUUCCAAUAUAAAAGUGGAUACAAAAGUUGCGAUUCUUGGAUCGCAAAAUAUAAAAAACGAUAAUCAAGAGAAAAGUGAGACUAACGUGAUCGGUCAGAUAUUCGAGUCUUCAUACAAUGAUGAUAAAUUUGUGUCGGGUGAAACCAUCGAAGAAGAUACGUUGAUAGUUCUUGGUGAAGGCAGCGGUGCUGAAAAUAAUAUGGGUAACAUAACAAAUGAAACAAAUUGCAUCGCAACCCGUAAAACAAAUACAAAUUUGAACAUGUCAAACACUACAUCUGGAAAUCUUGCUCAAAACUUCAAUACGAAAGAAGCAGAUUGCGAUAAAAUAGAGUAUACAAAAAAUAUUAAUGAUGUCCCUCUAAAAGAAAAACCCGAAUGCAGUAAUCUUUAUGCUGAAAAGUGUGAGGUGAGCAUGCUAGAUAUCAGCAUCGUAAACCCGAAAACUGACAAGUGCAGAGUAGACUUAGAAAAUUACUCCGAAUCAGAUGGAACAAGUACUGCUAAAAACGAGAACAGUAAAGGAAUUUCUUUGAACAGUCCAAUUAUUUUUCAUUUCCCAAAAGUGAAUGUCAACACCAAAUAUCAUUGUAAAGGACAACAAAAGGAUUCACAGAGCAUAAAAAAAGAAGAGAAAAGUAAAGACACGCAGAAAAAUAAUCCUUCGAAUUCAAUAGGUAGAAAGAGUAAAAACAUAAGUGAACUAAAAGAAAACCAUUUAAACCUAGAGUGUAAUCAUCCAAAGUUCACUAAUGACGAAAAUGAAGAUAGUGUUUCAAAUCAGAAGAAAAAAUAUGGACUUGUUAAUGGAAAAGUUAUUUCCGAAUUUGGCAUAAGCUCAUUCAAUUUACCUGGUAUUCGACAGUCACGAAGAAUAGCACAGCAAAAAAUACGAGAGGAAACAAAUCGACGCAUGAUUGAGGAUAAAAUGUUACGUGAAUUGAAAGCUGAAGCAAUAAGGAACAAACAGAAAAGUUCAUCAUCAUAUGACGAAGACUACGUAAUAUCAGAUGAUGAAGAUAGUAGAAAUACGGAAACAAAAAUAAAAAAAAAGAAAUGUGAUAAACCUUGGAUGGCUUCGUCAUCCGAAAGUAGCAGUGAAUCAGAACCCGAAGAAGAACCUGAACUUUCAGAUGACGGUAAGUCUUUGGCGAGAUCUGAUCACGAAUUUUCUCCAGAAUCUGACAUUGAAUCCGAAUGUGUAAUUCCAACCAAAAGAGCACGAACAGUUCGAGUGGAAAGACUUAUCGAUGGUGACGGUGAGAUGGACGACGAUCAUAAUGUAGAUCAUGCAUGUCAAAAAUGUGGGAGAAUUGAUCAUCCGGAAUGGAUCCUACUAUGUGAUUCAUGCGAUAAAGGCUAUCACUGUUCUUGUUUGUUACCAGUUUUAUUCAAUAUACCAGAGGGAGACUGGUUCUGUCCUUUGUGUCAACAUAAUCGUCUAAUAGAAAGACUAGAAGAAAAAAUAUUAGAAUAUGAUGAAAUUUGCAAGCAACUCGAUGAUGAACAUUCGAGUACAAAUCAGAAAUGCAGCCAUGAGAUACCAAUCAAUGAGGACUCAUUCAAAUUAGUUGAAAAUGACGAUAGUGAUUCCAUCAAAAGAAAUCCGAAAUCAAAUCAAUGCAUAGCAAAAAAAAAAAACAUCCGUGACAAGGGCCCAAGUUCCACAUGCUCAUCCGAAGAGGAUAUCACAAGAAAACACUCCAGUACUUCAGAAACAGACUGCGAUGAUAUUCCUGUAUAUAGGUUGAGACGAAGAAGUCGAACCAGAUUGAAUUAUAGGUUUAAUGAUUAUGAUAACCUGAUAAAUUCUGCAAUUAAUCGCGAUGAGUAUUCUAAUGAUUAUACAGAACAAGCUACGUGUGGUAAAGACAUAACAAAUAUUUUAAAAUCCGAGGCGUGCGUCGAAAACAUCAUAAACCAAUCAGAAAAUAAAUCUCUGAUUAACCAGAGUGGACGAGAUAACACGAAUAAAGCAUCAAAGAAACGUAACAAAUUUAAUAGCUUAGAUUUUACUUCGGAAGAGGAUGAUGGUUCUGAUGAAGAUUUCAAUGGUGUAAUCACUGAUGACGAAGAAAGCCAAUCUUUGACUGAGGAUAGUGAGAGCUCAUUAGAGUUGUUAACGUCGAGGAGGUUUCGCGCCGCUACAAACAAAAAAAAGGACAAGGAAUUUAUCGAUGAUGAUGAUAGUGACCAGAGUAGUUACAAUAUCAGAACAAGACCCUGUAAAACUAAACACAUAUCUGAAGAAUCUGAUGAGUUUGAAGAAGAAGAUCCAACUGAAAGUGAGGAAGUGGAUAGUGAAGAGCUAUGCAAUGAUACUGAAACUGACAGCAGUCAAGAUGUCUGGGUAAAUAGGAAUAAUAGAACAAAAUAUGUUAGCCAAACGUCAAGCAGUAAAUCCAACAAUGAAAAAAAAAAAAAAAGGAUCAAAGAAAAUGAAGAUUCACCUUAUAAGAGUGGGAUUAAGAAAAAACCAAUAAUAAAGGAUUCUGACUCUGAUCAAUCACUUAACAAUUCAAACAAUCCAAUUAAAAGACGAACAAGAGGACGUAAACUACAUUUCAUUCUUGACGAAGAUUUUGAAAGCUCUGAUGACGGUAUCACUCCAGGUGUAUUACGUCCAGAUACUCCACCAGAAGAGCGUGAACGUUUCAUACUGAAACAAGAAGAGAUAAAGCGUAUGUUGGCAGAAAAAAAUACUGCAGCGGCCAAAGCACUAGCGACUCCAACAAUCAUACCUUUAACUGAUGCAAAUGUACAGGGCAAACAAACAGCUUUGUCGACUGUGCCAUCACAGGUUAUAGAAAACGCCAAAAUUCUUGAUGUCGAUUUCAUAAAAAGCUCUAAAAACACCGACUCCCAAGACUUCGAUGUCGCGCUGGCAGUUAGUUUUACUGAAUCGGAUGAUGUGAAUGAAGAUGAGUUAGCAAAAAUUAUGGAGGAUGAAGAUUUUGCACAGCACCAGCUGAAAUUAGAAGAUGAAGGCAUUUUAAAGAAUAAAAUAGUACCCGACGAUUCAUCAAAGAAAAAAGCGAGAGACUUUCACAGUAUUGACCCAACCGAAGUAAAUAAGAGAGAUGGAAAGAUUAUGUUACCCGUUGAUAAACGAUACAGAAAUGAUCACGAAACAAUGUCGUCAAUAUCUGCUGUAAAUCACGUUUAUCUUGACCAUGUUCAGGAUACUGAUUCGUCAAAAAAUACCAAUUUCGUCUCAAAUAUUCCCAGAGUACCAUCCGCAAGUUCAAAGUCCUCCAGUUUACUAGAACAGAUGAAGCAGCAGGCAAUUCCUUUGCGUGAUUGUGAAGAGGCGAUUCGGCACAUGCUACAGCCCUCUGAGUUAACUGGCCAAAAUUCAUAUAUACCUCUGUUACAUUCUGUACAACCUGAAACGUUUCUUACUGCGCAUAAACUAGUACCUGUCGUAGAUAUUUCAGAAAUGACGAACUGCACCAGUGUAAUAAGGAGACGGAGAAAAAAGAUAACACCUUUGCGGGGAGAUUUUAAUAGAACUAUAGGAAAGCAAGUAGAUGCAUCGAAGCAGUCACAGCAUCAUACCUCGGCUCUUCCUAUAAUUAAUGAAAAUUCAGUUUCAGUUGUGCACCCGUACCAGAAACCUCAGAUUAGUAUCAGAAACACACCUGAAAUACUUUCCGAUAGUAAAGUGCAUCAAAGCUGUAAUUUCAGAGACCCGGAUCCGUAUUUUGUGCAACAAUCGACUUAUUCACAUGAUAGCACUGCAAACAACGACACGCUAAUGGAUCUACUCAGUGAUCGGCCUACACAUAGUUCAUUUGAAGUUUUAGAAACCGUUUACAGCGAUGAACAUUCAUUGGAACAAGCAACUAGUACUCCUGAAGCGAUGCAUUGUAGUGGAUUGGCUACCGAAAAGAUCAGCGAAUUCAGUGGCUUGGUUAGCUAUUUUAGUUCACAGCGAAAUGAGUUGAACGAUUGAAAAAAAAUUGCGUGAACAUCAUUUCAUACACUACUCAUAUAUUUCCGUUUUUGUUUCUUGGUAUGCAACCGGCACACCUCAUCCGAAAAUUUGUGUGGCAGAGUAAUCCUGGAAGUGAAAGAUGAAUAAAUAAAUCCUUGUUUCACAUAGUA